CUCUCAGUGGUUCCAUUCCCCUCCCUCCCACCCUGAAACCCGAUUCAGCUGAAGGAUUGCUUGAGGAAAACUUGGCAGCUUCCCAACCCUGGUGGCCCAGGCAGUGCGAGGCUGCAGCCUCAGAGGUGCAGGGAGCAGCCUGGAGAGGAGAGGCAGGCUGGCUGGGACAUGAGGCUGGCAGAGGGCAGAUAGGCUGGCCCUGGGCUGGACUCACCCUGAACGCUGUCCACUCUGAGGCACCCACACCGUGGCAAGCUCACCAUGCUGCAGUGGGUCCUGCAGGCGCUGCUGGCCUUGCUCCUGCCCAUGUUCCUGACCCAGGGAGAAGCCAGGCGCAGAGGGGGCCCCCAGGCCCAUAACACCUCUGGGCCCGCUCUGCGGAGGCUGUCGGAUCACCUCCUGACCAACUACAAGAAGGGCGUGCGACCUGUGCGGGACUGGAGGAAGCCAACCACCGUCUCCAUUGACGUCAUCAUCUACGCCAUCCUCAGUGUGGACGAGAAGAACCAGGUGCUGACCACCUACAUCUGGUACAGGCAGUACUGGACAGAUGAGUUUCUCCAGUGGAACCCUGAGGACUUCGACAACAUCACCAAGCUGUCCAUCCCCACGGACAGCAUUUGGGUCCCGGACAUUCUCAUCAACGAGUUCGUGGACGUGGGGAAGUCUCCAGAUAUCCCGUACGUGUAUGUCCGGCAUCACGGCGAGGUCCAGAACUACAAGCCCCUGCAGGUGGUGACUGCCUGCAGCCUCGACAUCUACAACUUCCCCUUCGACGUGCAGAACUGCUCCCUGACCUUCACCAGCUGGCUGCACACCAUCCAGGACAUCAACAUCUCCCUGUGGCGCCUGCCGGAGAAGGUGAAAUUUGACAAGAGCGUCUUCAUGAACCAGGGCGAGUGGGAGCUCCUGGGGGUGCUGACCCAGUUUCGGGAGUUCAGUAUGGAAAGCAGCAGCUGCUACGCAGAAAUGAAGUUCUACGUGGUCAUCCGCCGGCGGCCCCUGUUCUAUGCGGUCAGCCUACUGCUGCCCAGUAUCUUCCUCAUGGUCAUGGACAUUGUGGGCUUCUACCUGCCCCCGGAGAGUGGCGAGAGGGUCUCCUUCAAGAUCACACUCCUCCUGGGCUACUCCGUCUUCCUGAUCAUUGUGUCCGACACGCUGCCGGCCACCGCCAUCGGCACCCCCCUCAUUGGGGUCUACUUUGUCGUGUGCAUGGCGCUGCUGGUGAUCAGCUUGGCCGAGACCAUCCUCAUCGUGCGGCUGGUGCACAAGCAAGACCUGCAGAGGCCCGUGCCCGCCUGGCUGCGGAGCCUGGUUCUUGAGAGGGUCUCCCUGCUGCUGUGCCUGGGGGAGCAGCCAACUUCCCGUCGGCGCCCAGCUGCCCCCCAAGCCCCCAAGACUGACGAUUGCUCAGACAUGGGAAACCACUGCGGCCACUUGGGAGGACCCAGGGACUUGGACAAGACCCUGAGGGGCAGAGGCAGCCCGCCCCCGCCGCCUCGGGAGGCCUCCCUGGCCGUGCGGGGGCUGCUGCAGGAGCUGGCCUCCAUCAGGCACCUCCUGGAGAAGCGCGAGGACAGCCGGGAGGUGGCCCGGGACUGGCUGCGCGUGGGCUCCGUGCUGGACAGGCUGCUCUUCCGCAUCUACCUGCUGGCGGUGCUGGCCUACAGCGUCACCCUGGUCACGCUCUGGUCCAUCUGGCAGUACUCCUGACGAGCACAGCCCAGCAGGGGGAAGGUCCUGGUUAGGAUGGGGGGGGGAUUUC